AUGGCGUCAGAGAAUGCAGCGGCACCGCCGUUACCUCCGCGCGACCCAACAUCUACAGGGCCAAAACCUACUAGGCUAUCGACUGAACCCACGAAACCGAAGAAUGAACCAAUGUUCUCAGAUAUGGACAAGAUGGGGUUUCCUGGAGUAGCACCAUACCGCAGAGCCAAUGAGUUCGCGAUUACCACGGAAGGAUUUAUUCCACUAUGUGAGAAGGAAUACGACAUCAUCGCGUCAAACCAGCCUUAUUUUGCAAAAGUUGUGGCAAAGUCGGCAUGGGUGUACUAUUGCACUAUGAGCUUAUAUGCUCGAUUCAUUAGCAUUCGACAAGAAGAGGGAGACUCGACUUAUGACGAGGAUUCCUUUGCCAACCAAGUCUUAUCGGGUAAUCAUGCAUUGCCUGGACAAAUCGACGCUUACAUCAGCGGAUUCGGACACGUCGGGGAUACAGCAUCGCUACAUUACAGACUAGCGAUACCUGCUUGGCCUAAUCAACAAGGUCAUUUUGGCAGGAUAAGCGCUAACACGCAUUUGAUGUACAUGUCAAUGCCUUGCCCACGUUUGUGUGUCCAACGCAUACAAGCUGAUUUACAUAUAACAGCUACACCCGGAAAUAGAGACUGGGACCUUACUCAGGACAUCCGCCCAGCAGCGGGAUUACCCACCAGGAAUUUACUUGUAUGGGCACGUGCUGCAACUUUGACAAAUGAUCAAGUUGCGUUCCUUGAGAGUGCAGAUGUGAUGGAAGAUCAAUUUCCAACUUCGUAA